AUGAAGGCAGACUCUCCCUCUUCCUCUCUCUCCCAUUUAAAAAGCCAUGCCCUUUUCCUAAAUUCUCCACUUCAAUCUCUGCAAUCUGUAAUAUUCCGUAUCCGUGGUUCUCCUCACUGUGGUUAUGGUAGUGUUAAUUACUUUUGUUCAGGAGCUGUGCUGCGGAGCGGAAGAGAAAUCCUUCUUCAGGCUUUUAACUGGGAGUCGCAUAAACAUGACUGGUGGAGAAAUUUAGAAAAGAAAGUUGCUGAUAUUGCAAAUUCUGGGUUCACCUCGGCAUGGUUGCCACCGCCUACUAAUUCCUUCGCGCCUGAAGGCUAUCUUCCACAGAACCUUUAUAACCUCAACUCUUCAUAUGGUUCUGAGCACCUCUUAAAAGCUUUACUCCAAAAGAUGAAGCAGUACAAAGUUAGAGCAAUGGCUGACAUUGUUAUCAAUCACCGGGUCGGAACUACCCAAGGGCAUGGAGGAAUGUACAACCGUUACGAUGGAAUUCCAUUAUCGUGGGAUGAACGUGCUGUUACAUCUUGUACUGGUGGAUUGGGUAGUCGAAGCACUGGUGACAAUUUCAAUGGAGUUCCAAAUAUUGAUCACACUCAACAUUUUGUUCGAAAAGACAUAACAGCAUGGCUGCAGUGGCUACGUAAAAAUGUUGGCUUUCAAGAUUUCCGUUUUGAUUUUGCUAGAGGCUACUCUCCAAAAUAUGUGAAAGAAUACAUUGAAGGAGCGAAGCCAAUAUUUUCAGUUGGAGAAUAUUGGGAUUCUUGCAACUACAAUGGUCAUUUUCUCGAGUACAGCCAAGACAGCCAUAGGCAACGGAUUAUCAAUUGGAUGGAUGCUACAGGCCAGCUCUCAGCUGCAUUUGACUUCACAACAAAGGGGAUCCUUCAGGAAGCUGUCAAGGGGCAAUUCUGGCGUCUGCGUGACCCUCAAGGAAAGCCACCAGGUGUAUUGGGAUGGUGGCCCUCAAGAGCUGCCACAUUCAUCGAUAACCAUGACACAGGCUCAACACAGGCUCAUUGGCCUUUCCCUUCAAAUCAUAUUAUGGAGGGUUAUGCUUACAUACUUACACAUCCAGGGAUUCCGACAGUUUUCUAUGACCAUUUCUAUGACUGGGGGAAUUCCAUUCAUGACCAGAUUGUGAAACUGAUUGACGUCCGGAAGCGUCAAGAUAUCCACAGCAGAUCAUCUAUCAGGAUUUGCGAGGCCCAGCCAAACCUCUAUUCUGCAAUUAUUGGUGGGAAGGUGUGCAUGAAGAUUGGGGAUGGUUCCUGGUGCCCAGAUGGUAAGGAAUGGACGCUUGCAACCUCUGGCCACCGAUAUGCUGUGUGGCAAAAAUAA